AUGGUAUUUCCCACACUGAUUACCCAUUUGAAUGUGACAUAUGGAAGUAGAGGUGGGGCAGUUGUUAUGGCAGCUAUCUGUUUACAUUUACUUGUGACUGUCGCAUUGAUGCCAAGGUAUGUCAUUGAUCCAGAUUCCCCCCAACUGGCGGUUGUCAGUGAUGGGAAAACAACGGAAAAUAGUAAUAGUAAUAAUAAUAAUAAAACAAGUAAAAAUAAUAGUUCACAUAAAAAGGCGAAAUCGAAAGAAGGCAAACAGUUGUUAUCUGUUAUGGAUUCGUUAAACAAUUCACAAGAUGGUAAAGAUGAAAGUGUUGGUGUUAAAAACACAACGCUGAAUAACCCGGUGGAUAAGUUUUUCUCAGGGUUAGAUGAUCAAAGAGAUGUUAUUCAUUCAGGGAAGAAUAUUGAUUCGUCAAUGGAUGUUUUAUCGACAUCCACAGUGUCAAAAGCCUCUUCUUCUGUAGGGUCGUCAGAAUCUCCUAAUGCGAAACGGCUAACACGUGCAUUAUUGAUUGUAUAUAUAGUGGCUAAAGCGUUUGGAGAUGUUCGCCAUGUGAGUGUAUCGUUCAUCGCGCCUCUGUUUGGAACGGAAUAA